UAUACGUAGUAUAAUUUGAACAUAAAAACAUACAUACCGAGUAUAAUUUUCUUAAACUUUUGUCCACCUUAUCUAUACUCCGUUGUUAAAUACGGGAGCCAAUAAGCCAAGUGGGGUUGAAAGGUCAUGAUGUGGACGCAAUAGUCAAAAUUUGGUUCAUAUCCACGUUAGAUCGGUUGGCCGAGAUUGACUAGGACUUCAUUUAAUUGUGACUUUAAUUAUAUAUCUUCUUCUAGAUUAGGCACUUUCUUUAAUUUAUCCGUACCUGCAACUAUUAUAAGUUGCGGUAUUGUUUUAAUGUGCAGUCUUUAUUUGUUAUUAUCAUCAUAACAAUAAGCGCUUAAACUUCUAUUUUUGCUUCCAGUUGGGACAACUUUCUGUACGUUGUAAUGGCGGAACGUGUCCACAGCCUACGGGAGCGCCUUGAUGCCACUUUGGCCGCUCACCGCAACGAGAUUUUACUCUUCAUGUCGAGGAUUGAAGGCCAUGGGAAGGGAAUCCUGAAGCGCCAUGAGCUCCUAGCAGAGUUUGAAUCCAUCUGCAAAACUGAUCAGGACAAACUCAAUGAUCAUGCCUUCCAGGAAGUCCUCAAAUGCACACAGGAAGCUAUAGUUUCUUCACCAUGGGUUGCUCUAGCUAUCCGUAUGAGGCCCGGUGUUUGGGAAUAUGUACGCGUUAACGUCAAUGCUUUAGCGGUUGAGGAACUGACUGUUCCUGAGUAUCUGCAAUUCAAGGAAGAGCUUGUAGAUGGAUCUGGCAAUGGUAACUUUGUUCUCGAGCUUGAUUUCGAGCCAUUUACUGCAUCCUUCCCCAAACCCACACUCACAAAGUCAAUUGGCAAUGGAGUUGAGUUCCUCAACCGCCACCUCUCGGCCAAAAUGUUUCACGACAAGGAGAGUAUGGCUCCGCUCCUUGACUUCCUUCGAGUUCACCAUUACAAGGGAAAGACUAUGAUGCUAAAUGACAGGAUUCAAAACUUGAACACUCUUCAAAGUGUACUAUGGAAAGCUGAGGAGUACCUAACCACCCUCCCACCCGAAACGCCUUACUCCGAAUUUGAACAUAAGUUCCAAGAAAUUGGGUUGGAAAGGGGUUGGGGUGACACAUCAGAGCGGGUGUUGGAGAUGAUCUGCAUGCUAUUGGACCUCCUUGAGGCCCCUGAUUCUUGCACCCUUGAGAGAUUCUUGGGGAGAAUCCCUAUGGUUUUCAAUGUUGUAAUCCUUUCCCCACACGGCUAUUUCGCCCAAGAAAAUGUCUUGGGCUACCCAGACACUGGUGGCCAGGUAGUGUACAUUUUGGAUCAAGUUCCCGCAUUGGAGCGGGAGAUGCUGAAACGCAUUAAGGAGCAAGGACUUGAUAUCAAACCACGGAUCCUCAUUAUCACUAGGCUACUACCGGACGCGGUUGGGACAACUUGUGGUCAACGGCUUGAGAAAGUGUAUGGGGCAGAAUACUCUCAUAUUCUGAGAAUUCCUUUUAGAACUGAGAAAGGAGUUCUUCGCAAAUGGAUAUCUCGAUUCGAAGUCUGGCCAUACAUGGAGACUUUCACUGAGGAUGUUGCAAAGGAGAUUACUGCUGAGCUACAGGCAAAGCCAGAUUUAAUAAUUGGAAAUUAUAGUGAGGGUAACCUGGUUGCUUCCUUACUGGCUCACAAGUUGGGUGUUACACAGUGCACCAUUGCCCAUGCACUAGAGAAGACGAAAUAUCCUGAUUCUGACAUAUACUUGAAAAACUUUGAUGAGAAAUAUCACUUCUCAUGCCAAUUCACUGCUGAUCUCAUUGCUAUGAACCAUACUGAUUUCAUCAUCACCAGCACCUUCCAGGAGAUUGCUGGAAGCAAGGAUACAGUUGGACAGUAUGAGAGCCACCAGGCAUUCACAAUGCCUGGACUCUACAGAGUUGUCCAUGGAAUUGACGUUUUUGACCCCAAAUUCAACAUCGUCUCUCCUGGAGCUGACUUGAACUUGUAUUUCCCCUACUCUGAAAAGGAGAAGAGGCUAACUGCCCUUCAUCCCGAGAUUGAAGAGUUGUUGUUCAGUGAUGUUGAGAAUGAGGAACACCUAUGUGUGUUGAAGGAUCGGAGCAAGCCAAUAUUGUUCACCAUGGCAAGGUUGGACCGUGUAAAGAACCUAAGCGGACUAGUUGAAUGGUAUGCUAAGAACCCAAAGCUAAGGGAACUCGCAAAUCUUGUCGUGGUUGGUGGGGACAGGAGGAAGGAAUCAGAAGAUUUGGAGGAGCAAGCAGAGAUGAAGAAGAUGCAUGAGCUUAUCAAGACAUAUGACCUGAAUGGACAGUUCAGAUGGAUCUCUUCACAGAUGAACCGUGUGAGGAAUGGAGAGCUAUAUAGAUACAUAUGCGACACACGGGGGGCUUUUGUUCAGCCGGCUUUGUAUGAGGCAUUUGGGUUGACUGUGGUCGAGGCCAUGACCUGUGGUUUGCCUACCUUUGCAACUAAUCAAGGCGGUCCCGCUGAGAUCAUUGUUCACGGGAAGUCCGGUUUCCAUAUUGACCCGUAUAACGGUGAUCAAGCCGCUGAGCUGCUUGUCAGUUUCUUUGAGACGUGCAAGAAAGAUCCUUCCUAUUGGGAGACCAUUUCAAUUGGCGGCCUCAAACGUAUCCAGGAGAAGUACACAUGGCAAAUCUAUUCAGACAGGUUGUUGACCCUGGCUGCUGUUUAUGGAUUCUGGAAGCAUGUUUCUAAGCUUGAUCGGCUUGAAACCCGUCGCUAUCUCGAAAUGUUUUAUGCUCUCAAAUACCGCAAGUUGGCGGAGGCCGUACCCUUAGCUGAUGAGUGAAAGACAAGCCCACAUCUGUUUUGCUGCGGCUGAAUAAUUGAACGAGUCUGGUCUUCUGCAUUUUAAUAAUUCCUGUAUUUCCUAAAAAAUGAUGUUUUUUUGUGUAUUUUAGUUUUAAUUUUUAUGUAGUGGUGGGUUCGGGGGAUCAGACAAGAAUAAAAUUUAACAAUUCAAUGUUGAUGGUAUGAGAUUAAAAUUCAUUCAACUUGUCC